GUUCAUCAUCUUUGCUUAAUUAAUAUCACUCAAAAACAAAACCACAAACUUUAAUCCAAUCUUUAAUAUUUUUCUUUUCUUUUCUUAUCUUUCUUUUAUUUCACUAAUUAUCCCACUACUACUCCUCUUCAUCACUAUCUUUCUCUACCUUUAAACUAAAAACUAUACACAACUAAAACACAACCCUUUCUCUCUGACUCUAUGUUAAGUGCUCAAAGACCCACCACCACAAGCACCACCAAUAAUGAAGAAACCAGUCAUGAUCAGGACCAUGAUACUGAACUUAUCCGUGAUAUCCACGCCCUAACCCCACCGCAGCCUCCGCCUAGAGGGCGUUGGGAAACAGGCAGCACCCAUAAUCAAUCAUACUCUAUGUCCAUGAGUAGUGAAGGAGCUUCAAGUGAAAAUUUCACAACCAUGAGUAGAGAGUUCAGUGCUUUGGUUCUUGCUGGUUCUGCUAUAGGAAGUAUUAAUAACAACAAUAACAACAGCAGCAACAAUAGCAGCUCUGAUCACCAUAAUAAUAAUGAUGACAUUAAUGGAAGCAGCUUGUUGGCUAGGAUUGGGGAAGACGAUGAUGAUGAUGUGCCUGAAGAGACUAAUCCUUUGGCUAUUGUACCUGAUAACAAUCCAUUAGACCCGAGUCCAAGCUCAAGGAGGGUUGUUGCAUUGGGUGGUGGUGGUGGUGAGGUGUCAGUGCACAGAGUGAAGAAAGAGGAGGUGGAGACAAAGAUAUCUGCAUGGCAAAACGCUAAGAUUGCAAAGACUAAUAAUAGGUUUAAGAGAGAAGAUGCUAUAAUUAACGGGUGGGAAAGUGAACAAAUCCAAAAGGCUAGUUCUUGGAUGAAGAAAGUUGAGAGGAAGCUAGAGGAGAAAAGGGCAAAAGCACUAGAGAAGAUGCAGAAUGAAGUGGCAAAAGCACAUAGAAAAGCAGAGGAAAGAAGAGCAUCAGCUGAGGCUAAAAGAGGAACAAAAGUGGCCAGAGUUCUUGAAAUUGCAAACUUGAUGAGAGCUGUUGGUAGACCUCCUGCCAAAAGGUCUUUCUUUAAGCCUUAGGGUACCUUAUACUUGAUAAUCAUAUAAACAUGUUUACUGAAGAACCAUAGGGAAAGAAAAUAGUAAUGGGACAAAAUAAUUGCCCCAAACUAUAUAUAUAUAUAUAUAUUAGGGACCCUGCAUCUUUUGAACUAUAGGGUACACCUACAUGAAAUGGGGCAGUGAGGAGUUGCACUCAAUGACAAUAACUAUAGUGAGUGUUAAUCUGAGUGUUUUGAACUUUCAAGUGUGUUUUUGGUAAGUGCUUGUUGGUGAAAGUGGUGGAACAACCAUUUUAUUUUGUACAGUUAUACUGCUUGUUAUUGAUCGGAAAUUGGAGCUUAAUGCCCAUACUUGUUCA